UGACCAUCUCCCAAGCGGAGUUUCCACGACAGCUGGAAGCCGAGCGGCACAGGCGCAUCGCGUCUCUGCUGAAAUUAUUUGAAAAUAGCCGGACUUCUGCUCGUCGCAGCACCUCCAGAUAAACCCCGGUCUGGCAUGGGCGACAAGAGGAGUCCCACAAGGCCGAAGCGUCAACUGAAGCCCUCCUCCGACGAGGGGUUUUGGGACUGCAGCGUGUGCACGUACAAGAACACAGCUGAGGCUUUUAAGUGCAUGAUGUGUGAUGUCAGGAAGGGGACAUCAACAAGGAAGCCUCGUCCCGUCUCCCAGCUCGUCUCUCAGCAGCAGGUAACGCAGCAGUUCGUGUUGCCCUCGCAGCCCAAAAAGGAAAAGAAGGAGCGAGUAGAGAGGGAGAAGAGCGACAGAGAGCCGGCGCUCAAGAAGAACAGUCACAAGAAGAUGAGGCCGAGAUUAAAAAACAUCGACCGGAGCAGCGCCCAGCACCUAGAGGUGACGGUUGGGGACCUGACAGUCAUCAUAACGGACUUUAAGGAGAAGGCCAAGCCCUCGUCCACCUCGGCCACUUCCUCCAGCUCCACGUCGUCGGCCGACCAUCACAGAGAGAACGGCUCCAGCUCAGAAAACACAGAGAAGGGCCUUUCCUGCUCCUCCUCACCGCGAGGAGAGGGGAGCUCGGUCAAUGGAGAGUCUCACUGAGUCAAAACCUCCACAUCUAGUCUCCACCUACAUCUCAUCUGCAAGUCCACAGGUCACUAGUGGAGCAACCUGCCUCUACUUUAGAGCUGCACAACAAUGACUAAAAACUUGUCAUUUUUGGCUUUCAUUCUUUUGGAUAUCUCAGUUUCAGUAGGAAUUUUGACUAGUCAGAUUUGGCGAGUUUAAUCAGUUGAAAGAUUUUCCACAGCAGUGGACUAAGAAAGCAAUAUUAAACACCUUUUUUUGUGUUGGAACCGUUUGGUGAUUUUAAAUUGGAUUAUUUUGUCUAAUCAAAAGGAUGCCGCACAAUGUCCAAAGCUCGCUACUAGAAUAUUUACUCACAGACAGCUUUAUUCUCAUGAGGAACUUCUUCAGAGUUUUGGACAAACUUUGGACAGAGUGCUGGAUCCUUUUGCUUUAUGCUUUCCACCAGAUGCACCAAGCCUUCAUGAAUCAUCUUUUUUUUCCAGCAAUAUUUUUGUUGAGUGAAAUGUGCAGCCCUACUCUUACCAUCAUCAUCGUCAUCAGUGGCCGGCAGAGUGACCUAUUCUUCCCCCAUGUGGAAUUUUCUGCCUUUGUCUGGAAUCUUUAUGUGCUAUAAACCUGAACCACCCGUUUGCUCAGUGUCCCCGCAAUGAACCUGCAACCUGACAGCAAACCUUCACUCCUGAACUCGAUACUCUAAGCUUUUGCUCCUGGACUGCCUCUGCUGUAGAGUGACUUUUUUUGGAACAGCAUAGCGACUGUACUUCUCCAGGCACCAUUUGAGUGCUUUUGCAUAAUGUUCGGAGCAGACUGGUUAGGGAAAAUGUGACUGUGAUGUUCCUGUAUAGGCACCUGUCAGGACAGCAUGUUAUGAUUUUAAAGGAAAAUCCUGGUGUCGUGUUGGUUGAGUUUGUGCGACAGUGGGCUAAGUUGCAGAUACAUUCAAUUACCUUGCAGACAUGACUGUGAUUAUUUUGUGCAGUGACUAUCACAAACUUGUAUUAAGUUGUUUCUUUUGAGGGAGAAGCUCAUUAAUUAGUGACUCUACAGAGAAUUAUUAUUAGCUGCAUGUAGGUUUUAGCUUAUCAUCUUGGUUUUUUGAUGCUCACAUAGACCAUCAUCAACUACUCAUUGUCCAAAUGGCAGAAGACUGAUGCUGCUUGAUGCUAGCUAAAUGUGGACAAAAAUCAUAGGUAAGUAAAUGGAUAAAAAAUGAAUCCAGAGGCACCAAUCAAGGUGAACCUUAUGCUAGUAUACAUCAAUCAACCACAACAUUAAAACCGCUUCAAAAAUGUUUUAUAGGCCGACCUUGUGCCAUCAAAGCAGCAUCAACUCCACAAAAUCUCAAAAAAUGUCCAGUGGUAUCAAACGUUCUCAUCAGAUCCUUCCAGUCCUGGGAAUUGUAAUUUUGGACCUCCAUGAAAUCGGACUUUCCAGCAUAUCUUCAGAUUGAUUUCUGGGAGAUUAUGAAGGUCAAGUGAAUCCCUUGACUUGUUCCUCAAACCAUUCCUGGAGAAUUCUUGCAGUGCGGCAGGAAGUAACAUCCCACUGAAAGAGACCGCUGCAGUCAGGGAAUACCAUUGCAAUGAAGGGGUGUACAUGGUUUGCAGCAAUGUUUAGAGAGGCAUCAAAGAAGCAUCUACAACCCAAGGUUUCCCAGCAGAAUGUUGUCCAGAACAUCACACUGCCUCUGCCAUCUUGCCUUCUUCCCAUAGUGCACUUGUUACCACCUCCACAGUCCAGUUCUUCACUCCCCUCACGCAUCAGCAACUGUUGCAGGUUCACUGGUUGUCCUUCCUUGGACCAUUUUUAGAGUAAACUAACCACUGCAUACAAGGAACACCACAAGACCUGCUGUUUUGGGGAUGUUCUUCCCCGGUCGUCCAAUCAUCACAAUAUGGCCCAUUUUACCUGCGUCCAACACGCCAACUUCAAGAACUGACUGUUACCUCACCAGUCACUGUUUUUUGAAGUUGUGGCUGACUGGUGUAUGUGUACUAGAUGUAUACAUUGCCUCUACACUAGCCUUAAAACCAGCAACAUGUCACAAAUCUUUUCUGUCCCUAGCUGCUUCUUUUUUUUUUUUUAAAUCACUUAAUGCAGCUUUAAAAUAUACUCAGACUUGUAAUGCAUUGCAGUCUUGGUCAAACUUUAUUUGUCGCUUUACAACUACAUGAAGCAGACAAAAAACUAUUACUAAUCACUGCCAUCCUUCAUGAUAAUUCCAUUACAUUUUAUUUGACAUGCUUUUAUUUUCUUGAGCAAGAGCCAGGUUUGUCACAGUAAAGCUUCAGACAUUAAAAAAAAAGAAAUGCACAAUGUCUGAGGAAAUAUGGAAAGUGGUAAAGAGGCUGUGGUUAUAAACGACACCAGUAUUUUCCUUUUUAAUCCGUCUGUGCUGCACAAACAGGGCUGCACCGGUCGGUUGUCUCAGCGGAAAAGCGGAGGGUGCUGAUACUCCUCUGCACCCACCUCUUUGGAUACAGCACCGGAAACAGAGUUGACUUCUGGACACGCACUUUUAUGAGCUGUAUAGGUGACGUCUCGCAGCGUGAUGGACUUCAGAAACUGACGUAGCAAAAAUGGCAGACCUUUUAGAGCGUACUAAACUCCCAGCAGAACAACUAUAGAUCAACCUUACUACACAAUAACUUAUAAAAACCUGUAGAAUAAGUACAGAUUAAAUAGAUAUUUCUAAAAUAUUGUACUACAAUGUUUUGACGUGGUUGUAUUAUCCAUCAUACGAGUGUUAUUGUCGAGAUUUUUACUUACAUUUUAGCACACAUCCUGAAAACUCAUGGCAUGAUAAUAUUACGGUAUUGGUAUAUUGUGGGACAGCCGAUGUCUCUUAGUUUGUUAGUAUUGUUUAAUGUGUCGGAGACGUACUCUCUCAGGUUCAGCACUCUAGCUGGGACUAGGUGUGUGAACUCGAGAAGAACUGUUGGGACGAACAUUUGCUAUUCGUGAUGAUAACGGAAAGACACUUAAAAUGUGUUAGUGUCACUUAUUAAUAUAGGUUUGUUUUUGCUUUGCCAUGCUCAUUUGUUUUAAAAUGUGUGAACUUGUUUAUUACAGGUCUGAAUAAGAAAAUUACAAAAUUCAAACUGAAAAAAAAAAAUGUUUUGUCAA